ACAUAUAUAGAAUAAAAAGGAAUAAAGAAAGAAAAUUAUGUUAAUGGUAUACUGGUAUCAGUGAUAAUAUACUUCUAGUGAUACGACAUAAGGGAAUUUGUUUCAGAAUUUUAGUAAUAAAUAAAAGUGUUAAAUUGGGUAAGUGUAGAAGAUGAAGAGGAUGAGUAGUUCAUAAUCGUACACUGGGCAAAGAAAAAAGUUGUAUUGUUUGGGUGGUUCAAAAACUGAAAAAGGUUUUGGGUUGCAUAAGUUGAUUGAUUGAACAGAGAAAGAAUGUAGGUUAUGAGUCUGAGUUGUUGUUCAUCUCUUUUUACUUUACUUUUUUUGUUGCAGGCUUACACAGUGGUGUCAUUUUUAUGCAUUAACCAUUAAACUGUUCUGGAAAUGUAUAUUACCUUUUAUAGUAAUCGAUUUGUCUUUCCCGUUCAAUCCCUUUUCCAUGUAAACUAACACUGUCAUACUCACAAAUGCAAAUUUGGGAACCUAAGGGAGACAGCAAGUAUUGGCUUUUUCUUUGCAGUCUUGGUUGCUGACACAUAAAAAAUGAGAUCCCUAGAAUCCCCUUUACGUUCUUCCCCUUUGCCAUGAACACUAUUCAAGUAACCUCAUAUAGAGGAAGUGCCUCUUGCCUUUCAUUUGCCUGCCCUUCUUCUACUGCCCAUAUACUCUCAAAUGGCCUCUCUGUCUCUUCUCCUUGUUGUGUUUCUUUUGUUUGCUUGUGUACAUGGUGAAGAAAUGGUAAUGGAAGAGGAGUUGUUGGGUUUGUUUGAAGUCAUGGAUGCUCUUCUUGAUGACCCUGACUGGGCCCAAGCACACCCUCAGCCAUGUACUGACACCCCAUGGCCUGGAGUUGCCUGUGAAGUUAGCAGUGACCCACCAUUUUUUCAUGUCACAAAGAUCCACGUUGGUCCUGAUAUACUCUUCCCACCUUGCAAGUCUUCUGCUCACCUUUCUAACUCCUUGCUCAAACUCACUUAUUUGAAAACACUUUCAAUUUUUAACUGUUUUCUUACUUCACCCGUCAAUCUAUCUUCAACUCUCUUUGGCCCUUUUUCUACCUUAGAACACCUCGCUUUGCAGUCUAAUCCAACACUCUCUGGAGAAAUACCUCCAACUUUGGGUGGUGUUACUACUCUUAGAGUUCUCAGCCUGUCUCAGAACAGCUUCCAGGGAAACAUUCCACGAGAGAUUGGUGGUUUGGUGAGUUUGGAGCAACUUGACCUGAGUUAUAAUAACUUCAGCGGUGAAAUCCCCAAGGAAAUUGGAGAUUUGAAAAGUAUUGCCAUUUUAGACCUCAGUUGGAAUGAGCUUGAAGGGAUCCUUCCUAGCUCACUUGGACAACUUCAAGUUCUUCGGAAGAUGGAUUUCAGCUCAAACAGGCUUACAGGAAAAGUACCUCCUGAUUUGGGGAACAUGAAGGGGUUAGUCUUGCUUGAUCUGAGUCACAAUUUUAUUGGUGGGCCGAUUCCUGAAACCCUGUCAAACUUGAAGCUUUUAGAAUAUUUUCUCAUUGAUGACAACCCCAUCAAAUCAGAGAUACCCCACUUCUUAGGGAACCUUUGCAAGCUGAAGUCAGUGAGCUUCUCAGGGUGUGGAUUGAUUGGCUCCAUACCCAAUUCCUUCUCAUCUCUGACUAACCUUACAGCUCUCUCCUUUGAUAACAACAGUCUCAGUGGACCAGUUCCUCCAAAUCUAGGUUUCCUCCCUAACUUAGAUCAACUCAACAUCAGCCAGAACAUGCUGGAUGGAGUUCUUCAGCUCCCAGAUGAGUUCAUUACAAAACUUGGUAAAAGGUUGGAUGUAAGAGGAAACACCGAACUUUGUAUCGGUGAUCAGACAAAGAAAAAGAACCUGUCUUCGUAUUUGGAAAUCCCCUAUUGUGCAAAUACCAAGCCAAGAAAUGACAAAUCUUUUGCUGAAGGACCACCAGAAGAUCCAGCAGGUAUCAAGCCAUCAUUCUACCAAAGCAACAUAAGCUCAAGUUCAUCACGGCUGGAUACACAAGUCAUGUUUAUUUCCUUGGUUUUAUAUUUUAUCUAUAGUUUCCUGAAAUUGUUCUUGUGAAACUCGGUAUGUAAUUUGUAAAAUGCAUUACUAAAUCAACAUCAAAAGCUUCAUUCA